AUGUGCAUUGGGAUGCUUCCUCUGCAGCGGGAGAGGCUGGCAGGCAGCCUGAGAUGGGGCCCUGCUCAGAAGACUCCCCUCCUCUGCUGGGCCUCCUGGCUCCUGGGCUUCAGCAGCCUCCUCUUCAGUGUCUGCAGCACUGGGGUCAAGAGUUCUGGAGCACAUGGCGCUGGAGUUCAGGAUUCUGGAUCCUACAUUUCUCUGAAGAGGAUCCGAGGAGGUUCUGUGUGGUUUCAUCUGAUCAAGGAGCCAGGACCUGAGCUGGAGGAGAUCGUUUGGGCCUUUGGCCCCGCCAUUAAACACACAGUCAUGCUGCGAGUCCAUAAAGGGUCAGAAGGGACUCCAACCUGGGUCAGCCUCCAGGACAAGUACAUGCAGAGGGUCCAUGUGCCCAAUAUGACGUCCCUGAGGAUUGAGAACUUGACCCGUGAGGACAGUGGGCAGUACCGGGCUCGAGCCAGCUUAACUGGGGGAAUGGAAUCUCACCAGAUUUUCGACCUCACUGUCUAUGAGCCCGUGCCCCUUCCCCAGAUCCUGGUCAAGUCAGUGUCCACCACAGGAGGCUGGUGCAACAUCACGCUGGAGUGCAGGGCUGCAGGGGUCACAGAGGAGCUGCAUGUGACCUGGGAAAGCAAGGACCUCCCAAGGGAGCUGGAACCAGCCUACAACUCCUGGACCCUGGCUGUGAGCCUGCCUCUGAGCCAGCCCAAUGCCAGCCUCACCUGUGUGGUCAGCAACUCCGAGGAUGAGAAAACUGUCACCACAUUCCUUGGGGAAUUCUGUGACUAUGAUUCGCAUGGACAGGUCACUGCAGGCCCCCUGCAAGCCAUCCGAAGGAUCACCGUGGCCGUGCUGUUCUUCCUCGGGGCUGGACUCUGCCUUUGGAAGACACAUGAGAAGAAGAUGGAGGCUGGAAGAGGGCAGGCAAAGCGAAAAUUGUGGUCUAAGUGAUUCAAAUGGACACUCCCCAUGACCCAGCUCACCAACCUGGCUGUUCCUCAGAUCAAUGGAAGAGAUUUUAAAAACAGAAGCUUGGACCCUACCCCAAACUGGUGAUCAUCUGUAUUUUUAAAAACUCAAUAGGUCAUUGUGAUGCAUGAUCAGGAUAGAGAACUAAAACGUUGGUCUACAUGAAGCCUUCAUUAAAUUCAAAUGGGAGUGCA